GUAUACGCCUAUAUCGACGAUAUCAUUAUCGCUAAUAAGAAUAUAGAGGAAUAUUUUAAGUAUAUUAAGACGGUUCUCGAUAUCCUCGAUAAGGUAUACGUUUAUAUUUCAGUAGAAAAAUCCUUCGUAGCCUACCUAUCAAUGAGACUACUUAGCUAUAUAGUCAAUAGCAAAGGAAUAGCUAAGAUAGACGAUAGGAUCGCUAUAUUUAAGAAACUUAAGUUCCCUAAUACCCUUAAGACCUUAGAGCAAUACCUUGGUAUAGCUAGAUAG